UCCCUGAGAAGGCGACUCUGGAUUUUUAGGAUUUGUUCAGCAGGCGGCUCCGCAAUGCUUCCAGCUGGGCUGUAAUUGCGGUGUCGAAGUUACGAGUUUCUCCUUCUCUCGUUGCUCUCAUCGGGGCUGUCAUUGCUGUCUCGGAGCUUGUUGUUGCCAUGGCUUUCAUCAAACCCAACAAGACUAAGGCUUACUUCAAGAGGUUUCAAGUCAAGUACAAACGCCGGAGAGCCGGGAAGACUGACUAUCGUGCGAGGAUUCGCUUGACCACCCAAGAUAAGAACAAGUACAACACCCCCAAGUACCGUUUCGUUGUGCGGUUCACCAACAAGGAUAUUGUUGCGCAAAUCACCUAUGCCACUCUUGCUGGAGAUAUUGUUCUUACCUCUGCCUACGCCCAUGAGCUCCCUCGGUAUGGUCUGAAGGGCGGUCUGACUAAUUAUGCUGCUGCUUACUGCACUGGUCUUCUUUUGGCUCGUCGUCAUUUAAAGAAUUUCGAGUUGGACCAGGAGUACGUAGGCAAUGAGACGGCAACUGGAGAGGACUACAAUGUCGAGGAAGGUGAAGGAAAGAGACCAUUUAGGGCUCUUUUAGAUGUCGGUCUAGUGAGGACCACUACCGGGAACAGGGUUUUUGGUGCUCUGAAGGGAGCUUUAGAUGGAGGAUUGGAUGUUCCUCACAGUGAGAAGCGGUUCGCCGGUUUCAGCAAGGAGGAUAAAUCCUUGAAUGCUGAGACACAUCGCAAGUAUAUUUUGGGUGGUCACGUUGCCGACUACAUGAGGCUUUUGAAGGAAGAUGAGCCUGAGAAAUACCAAUCUCAUUUCAAUAAAUUCAUUAAAGAAGGAAUUGAGGCCGAUGAGCUUGCAGAAAUGUACACGAAAGUGCAUGCUGCAAUCCGUGCAGACCCUGACCAACAGAAGACUGAGAAGAAGGCUCCUGCUGAAAAGAGGAAAUGGAAGAUCCAGAAGUUGACAUUUGAGGAGCGCCAGGCUGCUUUGGUUCAACGCCUAAAUGCCAUUAAUGCUGAGGGAGAUGCGUAAACUAGAUAGCAUGGGAAGCUUGCUAAUGUGCUGCAGGGCUAAGCACGCCCAACCAAGCAUGGCUUGUAGAAAGAGACUGGGUGACUCUGAUUUAUUUUGCCACAGCUUCAGCUGCAUGCAUUUAGCAUGGAGAAUUCACAUUUGAUAGUCUCUCUUGUUCUUGGAUGUCUCGUUUGGAGAUCACGUGUUUGAAGCUUUGUCAGCAAUUGGCCUAUUCUGUUUCUUACGUACGCACCGGUAAUUCAACUCUCGACACAUUUUUUAACUCGA